AUGGCGGACCAAUCAGCCCAACCCCCAGCGAUCGACGCCCUCAGCCUUACUGAAAAUGUUCCUGAGACAAAGGUCACUGGCCAGAUUGUCACUCCUUUUGAUGUUUCUGGUGGUGUGGAUGAGACAGGCAAAUUGCUGCCUGUAGACUACGACAAACUGGUCCGAGAAUUUGGAGCCACUCCUCUCACAUCCGAUGUCCUCGAACGCUUCGAGAAAGUGACUGGCCACCGCCCACAUCGUUUCAUGCGCCGGAGCAUUGUGUUCAGCCACCGUGAACUGAACAAGAUCCUGGACCGGCAUGAGAAGGGCCAACCGUUCUACCUCUACACUGGUCGUGGCCCGAGUAGUGAUAGUAUGCACGUGGGACACACAGUUCCAUUCGAAUUCACCAAAUGGUUGCAGGAUGUUUUUGAUGUACCCCUGGUGAUCAUGAUGACCGAUGACGAGAAAUACAUGCACUCUGCGAAGAUUGAGAUCGACGACGUCAAGCGCUACACCAAACUUAAUGCCAAGGAUAUCAUUGCUGUUGGCUUUGACAUGAAGAAGACGUUCAUUUUCAGCGACUUCGACUUUGUUGGAGGUGCCUUCUACGAGAACAUCUGCAGACUGGCCAAGCGUAUCACCAUCAACCAGGUUCGGGGUACAUUUGGCUUCAAUGACAGCAACAAUAUCGGCGAGUUCCACUUUUGCGCCACUCAAUCUGCCACUGCAUUUGCGACCAGUUUCCCCCAAAUCUUCGGCACUGACAGGAAGAAGGUGUCCUCGAUUCCUUGUUUGAUCCCUUGUGCUAUCGACCAAGAUCCUUACUUCCGACAAUGCCGUGAACACGCCGAGAAAAUGAAGUAUAAGAAGCCCUCACUCAUUCACUCAAUUUUCCUCCCUGCUCUCCAGGGACCCGGCUCCAAGAUGUCCGCUAGUAUCGAUUCCUCUGCUAUUUUCAUGAGCGAUACUCCCAACAAGAUCAAGAACAAGAUUAACAAGCACGCCUUCUCGGGUGGCCAAGAAACCGCCGAGCUUCAACGCGAGUUGGGUGGUAACCCCAAGGUCGACGUGCCCUUCCAGUACUUGACCUUCUUCCUUGAGGAUGAUGAAGAGCUUGAGCGUAUCCGUGUUGCCUACACGAAGGGCGAAAUGAUGACCGGCGAGCUGAAGCAGCGUUGCAUCGCUGAGCUGCAGGAAUAUGUCAAGGGUUUCCAGGAGCGUCGGGCUCAGGUCACUGACGAGAUUGUGGCCGAGUACAUGCGCCCACGUCCUCUCGAGUGGAAGGGAAACCCCAACCCAGCUGUGGCUGAGAAAGAAAAGAAAUAG